GGAUCCUGUUCGCCUGCCCCGUUCCUCAGCACCCUCUCUGUAAAAUUAGCGAAUACUGCAGCAAGAAGUGUGUGUGUGUGUGUGUUGUGUGAGUGUUUGUGUGUCACGAUCAAGGGGAUCCAAAUCGGUGAAACCGACUCAGCUGGCUGGCGACAGAGAUGGCAGCCAUUCGGAAGAAGCUGGUGAUUGUGGGAGACGGAGCGUGCGGGAAGACCUGCCUUCUCAUCGUGUUCAGCAAAGACCAGUUUCCCGAAGUCUACGUGCCUACGGUUUUUGAAAAUUACAUCGCUGAUAUCGAGGUUGAUGGAAAACAGGUGGAGCUGGCACUGUGGGACACUGCGGGCCAAGAAGACUAUGACAGAUUGAGGCCUCUAUCCUACCCUGACACAGAUGUCAUCCUCAUGUGCUUCUCCAUUGACAGCCCUGACAGCUUAGAAAAUAUUCCUGAGAAGUGGACGCCUGAGGUGAAACACUUCUGUCCCAAUGUCCCAAUCAUCCUGGUGGGGAACAAGAAGGACCUGAGGAAUGAUGAGCACACACGGAGAGAGCUGGCCAAGAUGAAGCAGGAGCCGGUCAAGCCGGAGGAGGGCAGAGACAUGGCAAACCGGAUCAGUGCCUUCGGCUAUCUGGAGUGUUCCGCCAAGACCAAGGACGGCGUACGGGAGGUGUUUGAGAUGGCCACUCGGGCAGCCCUGCAGGUCCGCAAGCGCAAGAAGAGGAGCGGCUGCCUGCUGUUUUGAGUAACACGUGCAGCCGGCCAGUCCACACACCACAAAAUCAACUGACCAACAGGAGGAAAAAAAAAAAAGAAUACAUGAAAGGACUGACCUUUUACCAAAUGGCAUCUUCGUACUGUAUCUUACAUUUCACGGUAACAGGUGGAUGACCGAAAAGCAGUUCUGAAGCAUAACCUGAAACAGGAAAAGGACUAUGUCGACACUACAACAUUGGUUAGAAAUUGAGGUUUAAAGCUCAUUGUUGAUUUUUUUUUGGUUUCCUUGAAUGGCACAAUCUGUCUUUACACAUUUUUUCCUACUUGUCUGUCUUUUUAUCUGUCAUUUAAGGAGGCAGUUAUAAAUGCACAUAUUUUUAUGCAAUAUUGUUCUCCACGAGUUUAGGCAAGCGUCCAUCCCUCCUAGCUUUGUAUACACUGUCCUCUUGAGUAAGGUCCUGUCCGAAGUGUCCCAUUGAUAUCAGUCCUGUCAUUGUAGCAGUCGUGCUAAGGGGAUGGAAUUUCCUGGGGAUAUGUUUUGGCCACAAGAGCCAGUGCCUUUUUUGUUUGAUUUUGUACACCAUCAUCUAGUGCUCAUGUUUGUCAGAUUGCUAACGUUACAGCUGCGGGCCUCUCCAUUGUACUGCAGCUCAUUUUACACAAUGUUGUCGUGAAACUUGAGUCUAGCCAUAACUAAGGCUUUCAGCGCUGUUGACAUCUUGUCACCUGCAACAAAUGGUUGCUUGUCUCAUUUCAGUGGGUAGGAAACAUCAGCAUUCCUGUAAUAGCAUUCAGUCAGCUCACGUUGAGGAUAAGAUCUUACAGCUUGCUGCUUCUGUAACGUGAUAUAUUGUUAAGACAAAGAAUUGAUCUGCCCGUGCUGCAUAUGACCUGAUUAUUGACAUGCAUCGCUCAUAACUGUCCCUCAUCUGUGCAAUGGACCCAGAUGGGGUUAUCAGAAGUGGCCAAUUGAGACACAAGCCAGUAUGACUCAACUAUGCACAAUGGCUGUUUGGACCGACAGGGAGAUGACACAGCUCAAACAGUCAUCACAUGAAGGCCCAGGCCUGGUGAAGCUCCCUUGUUUGCUUGUUAUAGGUGGGUGAGGUCACAUCAUCCUCUGCUAGAAUGCCAGUGCGCUCGUCACCCCCGCCGUGGCCUGUCGGGCGGCGGGACGGGUUAGUCCAGUCCCAUAAAUCAUGUCUUGUUGCAGAUUUUUGCUUGUGGAUAUCAGUGUUUCCAGUCAGGCAACAUUCUUCACAUUUUUUGGUGACAUGUUUGAGAGGAGCAGAGUUUGUUUUGUUCCCCAGUGCCUUCUCUGUUCUGACAACCUGUGUGCCUUUGGUGUUCCCUCCCAGAGCAGACAGACGAGCUGCUUCAUGCCAACAUGACACUGACGUGGUCAGGGCUCAUCUCUCUGACAUGUUUCACAAAGUCAAAUCUCGAACGGGGAAAAACAGCCUCGAUACAGCAAGAGGCGUGGCGACUUUCUCCAAGUUUCUGUCCUCACUACAAGGAAAUAUAGUCUCACCUUUAGUACUUGGCAGCGCGGCUGGGUUACACUGCUGUGCAAUGCACUAUCUCCUGGAAUGAGUCAUGGGAAAAUGACAUAACCUAAAACAUUACAUGUGUACUUAGCAUUAUCAGAAAACAUUUGGCCACAGCUUAAAAGAUCCUCUUUGAUGUUUUGGAGUUGUGGAAUGACUGCCAAAAAGUCAGGGGUGUGCUCGAACUGUAAGGACACUUGUGGUGAGUCGGGGAUUAGGCUGCUUAUGAUAUCCAGACAUUCUUGGUCUUCAUCUUGAUCUGUUUCACUCCUGGGCGUGCAACAUUCGAGAUUUUAUGUUUCAUGUGAAAGGGCUGCAUGUUUUUCAGAGUGAUGUUUGUUGAAACUGAAUUGUACUGUAGUAGCUCUUGGAGAGAUGCCGGAGAGUCCCGAAAACCAUUCCUCUCGUCCCGCUUUUUGCUCACGUGUCCUCUCAGAAUACCCCAUCGUGACCUUGACCUGAAAACAUAAUGGCUUGAAACACAAUGCUUGAAAGGCCCAGCGACUGUCCUCAGGCACAGAUUCUUCACAGCAUUCCUUUCCUCCGCCUCUGUUGCCCAUCUGUUCCUCGGUUGCAUGUCGUGGUCAGUCCAAAGGAGGGUCGAUGUUGAGAUGUCUGUUUAAAACAAUAUUUUAGGUGUUGCAUGCCACCUCCUUGUAGUCCAUUAUGCCGGCACAGGAACACCAACUACCAGCUGGCUUGGCUGGUAUAUGUAUUUCUUCAUUGAGUAUAUAAUAUGUCACAUGUGAUGCGAGUUUAUACCCUCUAUUGGCCAAGCAAUGUGCUUAAACAGUGAAGUGGAGAAGCUACAGUAGUAUUUAAACACGCAGGCGCUUUGUGGAGCAAAUCCUAGGUGUACUUUCCACAGAUCAGAUACGAUUUUUCAUGUGGAAUAUUUUUUUUUUCCUGUUGAGGAGUUGGGGGGGCAUAGUUUGCAAUCACAGAAACACGCACCAGAUUAAUGCUGUUACCUCAAAUAAUCUACAUAGAGUGGAAACUAUGUUUUAACUUGACUCUGUGGAUUAACGUUGACAACAAGCACACUAAGAAGGCAAGAAUAAACAGAUGAUCCUUAGCAGUGAGAACACGUGGGCCUUCCGUUAUCUGUUACAUAGUUGUGUCAUGUGGCAUGAUGUUCAAGGGUCUCACCAAUAUGAAUGCCAAGGAAUUCUCGAGAACUAGAGGGCAUUUGACCAGGAUAGUUGAGUAAGACUCACAGCUUGGAGUACAGAGUGACAAUGAAAGCAUUCCCUUAGAGCAGCAGAGGGUCCAGUGCUGAACAUAUCACUACGAGCAUGUAUACUGCUGUUGUGUGUAUGCAAAUAAUGUUGCGCUAAAUCAAAACUUGUCCUUAUGAUGUCAAUGUAUGCAUGAGUUCAUGGGUCUUAUACAGCGUGCACACUGAUACACAAGCACUGACACACACGUAUACACAUACUUCUUUGGGAACAGCUUCUGCUCAGUGUUGUAACUUUUUCUCUCUUUCUCUGAAAGUAUUUGAAAUUAAGGAAUAAAGGAUCCAGAUUUAUAUAAAAGCUCAUUGUAAUAAUGCUUUGUAAACAAAGUGUUGUAGUGAAUGUUUGAUUUUAAGUGAACAUGAACAUUGUUAAUAAACUAUUUUUGAGACAAGGCU